AUAUAAUCAUAAUAAAAACAUAAAAGCAUGACUACCUCCGUAAGCACGACUCGAUUGCUACGUACGUACUUGUGUAAUUCAAAACAUAACUUUUAAUAGGUGUGUGAAACUCGCUCAUCUCGUUCAUCUCGCUCAUCUCAUUCAUACACCGCUGUUAUAUUAUGAAGAGAUUAUGAUGAGACACUUCUCCUAUCCUUCUCCUGCUUCUUCUUCUCAAGAAUAACAAAAGCUUAUCCACAUCACAUCACCUCACCUUCACAAAUUCACAAUUCACAAUUCAACCAGUACAUGUCCAACGCUGAAUGUUGAUACUCCUACUCGAUUAAGUACAUACAUACUACGUCCAUCGUGGUGGGGAAAUACGCGUAGUAACAGGGUCAACAAGGCUACGCUGUUACCCUGUUACGGUCCCUUCGUUGUCCGGGUUCCAGAGCGGACUCACAACAACAACAACCACAGAUACAUCAUCUACUAUUUACAUUCCCGAUUAUCUAGGACGUGACGACCAACAGAAGAGCUCAGAGCAGCCUCUCAUCACACCAACAUUCUUUACCUUCACCCAAGUUAACUGUCUCAAGCUUUGUCUUUAUGGUCAUACAAAGCAAGGGCCAUACGUGAGCAGCAGCAACGACCAUCAUGGAUCCGCACGUGUUUCCAAGCAACACUCCACAGGGCAAGCCUGAGGGUGAUGUGAAAGCCCCCAAAUCUUUCUCCAAAGGAAGCAAGAGACUUUUUAGUCACACUUUCUCAGGGUACUCGCAAGAGGAAGACAGUGCCAGUAACUACGGAAGUGGCAGCGAUGGACGCCACCUUGAUGAAGAUGACCCGUUCGAGAAGCGUCACCGCACCAGUGACUGGCCACUUGGGGGCAAUGGGAAGGCCGUUGAAGGCGCUGCAGCUGACGGACCUGAUUCCCCAACCAGCAAUUAUUCUGACGAUGGCGUCCAACCGCGCUCAUCCAAGUUCAUUGAAGGGAGCAUGAGGAACAGAGCGAGCCAAAAGCCGCCAAGAAAGUAUGUGGUCACUGAGACCGAGUUGAACUGUGCCGGGGAAAAUGAGUGCACCAAGAAUGGGAAGCUACAGCGCAACAAGCUGAUCCGCAACUCCAACCACUCCGUACCAGCAGUGGCGGGAGAAGCCAAAAAUGAAGCAAACCGUCACUCGACCAUAUUCCGCUUCGGAAAGUCCCUGGCAGCUUCCUUCAAUCCGUCAAACUGGAAGAUAUGGUCAAAAUCGCAGGAUCCCCAAGUCCCCGACGACAAGGCCGAUGCCGAAGCUCAAGCCAAGUUGGAGAGAGCGUAUAGGGAAGUGAAGAACAUCGCACCCACCCCGGGGCGUCGAUUUGGUCCGGCUGGUGGUUCUGCCAUCUGGAGCAACCCGCGGUCAUCCGUGAACGCUUCAGGCGUCGAUAUUUCAGAGCAAGCACCACCAUCCCAGAAACGAUAUGGAAUGGUAUUCGACACCCCGCCACCCAUGGCAGGAUUCGGCGGCGACGACUAUUCUGCUCAACAGGGCACAAGCAAACUUUCCACCCCUGCCGACCUGUACUCCGUGCCAUCCCACCAGCUCUUGCACAGCAAUGAAAGCAGAUCAUCCUUCACCUACGGCUCUAUCGCCCCGCCGAAGUCGGUGAAGCAUAAACUCUCCCGCAAGGACCUCAGGGUGCAGCAGAAGCUCGUCAAACGCGUCAGCAACCUCGAGUCUAAACUCGAAGCUGCGCGUCUCGAGCUGGUGAAAUCACUAGGCACCACCGGCCUCCCGCCACCACAGGCCCGGGGUGGGAAAUCCCGAUUCAUUCCUGGGGCACUGUCAUCCCUCCCGUCGGAAUCUCUGUUGAAUGGGUACACCCACCAUAACGAGUCCACGCAAAGCUAUAUCGGCGCAGCCUUGACUACAGAUGACAAGAUCAGUCUCUCCUCAUCACGCAGCCAUGGCGAGACCCCCGGCCGUCCCAGCAUGUCCAGCUUCUCCUCGUCGGUUCGGGAAUAUCCAAACAGAGAGUCUCACAUCGCCGCAGCAGGCCAAGAUGACGCCGACCAAGCCACCCCUUCCAAGAAGCGAAAGAACAUGACCAAAACCUCCACCACAACCUCCACCUCCUCCCAUCCGUCAGAUGCAGACAGCACAAUCACCACCACGCCCGCCCCCAACCCCGCCAAAAAAUCCCGCAACCACAACAGCACUCCCCGCGAGAAACCCAGCCCCGAACUCCUCCUCCCCGACUCCAGCUCCUCCUCAGACCCCAGUUUCGAGAACGUGGACCCAGAGAAGAAAGCCGUCCUCGUGUCUGUCAGCGCCAAGCAGCAGGGGACGCCGAAGUUGAUUGUUAAGAAGCGUCUUCCGCUCGAGACGCAGGGGAGUAGGAUUCCACGCAAGGGGAGCAGGAAGGAUACGCCUACUGAGGGUGAAGUCGGGGAUGGGAAUGCUAUUACUGUCACUAGCGGCAAUGUUGGCCUCCAAGAGACGGAGGCGGGUGAGGGUCAGAUGAGACAGGGGACGGGGAAAUUGAAGAAGGUUGAUAAGACUAGGGUGAAGAGUACUGAGAUUGCGCAGGUGGAGAAGCAGGUUGAGGAGAAGACGAAGGAUACCAAGGAGAAUAUCCCAGCUGCGAGAGGGGGGAAAAUUACAAGUUCGACUUCGAUGGACAGUUUUGAGUGGGGGCCUGAUGUGUUUUAAACCCAUCGUCACUACAGAAAUCAACUCGUGUCAGGAGUUAAGGGGAAUGGUGGGGAAGGCAUAGAGGGGCGUUACGAAUGAUGGAUGAUAAACUGUACUGUACUGAUAAUAGCGGCAUUGCGCGUCGAUGGAGAUUUGAUGAUGAGGUAACGAGUUAUGUUCUGCUUAUUUACAAAUUGCGAAAGCUGGAGAGCGAGGUAUGGAUGGAGAGAUUUGUUUGGUAAUGGAGGGAUGAUGAGCAGAUGAAGGUGGACAAUGUGUGUAAAGCGUAGCGUAGCAAGCAAGCAAGCAUAGUUAAUAUUAUUUCGGUG